AUGGACGAUACAAAAUAUGUAUUUAACCAAAUCCCUUCGAUUGAUGAUACGAUUCGAGCUAUAAAAGAUUUGAAAAUAUAUAAUAAACUAUUCAAUGAUAUUCUUAUCAUUACCGCUCUCUUUGGAUUCUCUUUCCUGCUCUCACUUCACAUACUCAAGCAUUAUACCAACUUUGACAACAGCACACAUGCGCACGCGCACGCUGAUUUCUAUAAACCACUCAUUAGAGCCCCGAUCUUACUCUGCGCUGGAUUUGGCUGCCUGGCUCUAAGUAUCCAAGACGCCCCAUUUGAAAGUCAGGUUGGCUUAGUGAUAAACACCUUCAUCUACUCAGCUGCGACUACUUACUUGGAUAGUUGUAUUGCACUAUUCAAUCGCACAAAUCACACAGGCUCUAUCAGACAGCAGCUCACUAAUGUCAUAAUCUCUAUUCUCUCUCUGCUCACAAUCGUACUCACUUACUACGAUCAAAGGCUUUGGUCACUUGUCAUUUUCUUGCUGGGAUACAACGUGAUCAAGUCGUCUUCUUAUGAACCUGAUGAGUGGCUGCAGAGCUACGCCAUGUGUACUCUUCUACCACUAAUCCCAAAUACGUGGAGCAAAAGUACGAUAUUUGCUAUUACCGUAUCAUUAACAGUCAUCUCAGUCAGUAGAAGAUGGUAUAAUGAACAACACGGACGCGAAUUCUUCAAAUCAGUAGAGUUUGUACAUCCCAUCAUGUGCUGUAUGACAUUGGAAGGCAAUGUAACGCAAGCCAUCUACUGCUCAAUGAUGUUUGCAUCUGUGGCUUUAUUGCUCCGACCUACUGGAAACCCGGAAAAGAUAGGAUGGAAUGAUGUCUUUGUGGCACUGCAAAUCUUCACACUUACCCAGUACACCGUUGCUAUGGGUGUUGAUUUUGAGCAUCUGUUUUCUUUAUUAGCCUUGUCUUUCAGAGAUCUGCGGAUAGGUCAGAAAUUUGUAGUAGCUGGAUAUUUAAUCCAAUAUGGCAUUUUCUUCAUCAUCCCAGUAUUCGGCUUGAUGUUUCUGUUGGAUAAGUUUGACGCGCCUAAUUUUGCCAUCUUUUUGAUGCAUAUGGUGUUUGCAAGUAUGGCUAUGCUCCUUAUUCUACUCGGUGGUCUAAUUUGCAAUCCUCAAAGUGAGACAGCCGAAUUAUCUCUCAAAGUCCCACUACAAGCUGCUAUCUCAUACAAUCUCAUAGCUCCAGUGUCUUUCUACUGCAGCUCUUUGAUUUCUAGACAGCUUAAACGCAAGAAGACGGCUAGGAAGGAUAAAAGUCGUCUGGUUCCAGUUCCUGGUGUAAAACCAAGACAAGGAAACUGA